CAUUUCCUCUAUUUCCCCUCCUCCAAAGUUUUCUACUACUCAAAAAACGGAAAGCGAGAGAGCGAAACACGUAGAAAGAAAAUCCAACCAAUCACAUAUUUUCCCACUUAACAAAUCGAUAAUCCCAAUUAUCCACAUCAUAAUCCCCGAACAAAACCCCUAGUAGCUACCAUUUUCCCGGAAAAUGAAAUUUUCUCGCUCGAUUUUCCUCUGAAUCCAUUCUUCUCAAAACACAAAAACAACAAAGCUUCAUCAUCAUUCAUGGCGCUUCUUGUACACUCACCGGAAGUGUACGUUGUCGCUCAAAGUGCGUACAAACCUAACCCUAAGCUGACCAAACCCCACAGCUUCAAACCCUACAAGGCAAUCGGAACCAAGCGCGGGGUGAAGAUUCCUUGCGCAGUCAAAGAUUUUUCGGUUCUGGAAGAUUUGGGGUUGGAUCAGAACGUGAAUUCGUACGGUCAAUUCUCGGUUCCGUUGGAGCAAGGUUCGAGGCCGAGCAAAGAGGAAGCGGAGGAAAAGCAGAACUAUUAUGUCAAUCUUGGAUAUGCUAUUCGAACUCUCAGGGAGGAGUUUCCUGAUCUCUUCUACAAGGAGCUUAGCUUUGAUAUCUACAGGGAUGAUAUUGUAUUGAAGGAUCCUUUGAAUACAUUCAUUGGUAUUGAGAAUUACAAAUCGGUCUUUUGGGCACUACGAUUUCAUGGCAGGUUGUUUUUCAAAGCUUUGUGGAUAGACAUCAGUAGUAUGUCGCAGCCUGUUGAGAACGUCAUUAUGGUUCGCUGGACUGUUCAUGGGAUCCCUCGAGUUCCAUGGGAGAGUCGUGGUAGGUUUGAUGGAACCUCUGAGUAUAAACUUGACAAGCAAGGCAAGAUUUAUGAGCAUCGGGUUGACAACAUUGCUCUGAAUUCACCUCAUUCUAGGUUUAAAGUGCUGGGUGUGGAAGAAUUAAUUAAAUCUCUUGGCUGCCCCUCGACCCCAAGACCAACUUACUUUGAAAUAUCUUCAUCUUCUCAGAGAACGUAAAGUUGCUUAUGUUCUGCAGAAAAGUUUUGUUGUAAAUUGUGCAUAUUAUGGUCAACACUGAGCUAGAUAUCUGGCAUCUUGCUUGUGAAUUUUGCAUGUUCUGCAAAAAAAGUCUUGCUUGUCACAUGAAGCUGUGAGAAAAUGUUCUUUUGCCUUAGACGACCCUGUUUGGGUACGCUUCACAAAAUAUGAAAACAAGAAAAUAACACAUUAUGAAACACUUUUUUUGUUCAAUAAAGUGUCUCAGUAUGUGUUAUUUUUCUGUUUUCAUAUUUUCUAACCGGUACCCAAAUGAGUUUUGGUUCGUAUGGUGCUUAAACCUAUUGGCGCAGCUCUAUAGGGUCUACCAUUGCUAACUAGUUGAGUUUGGAAAACCGUGUGUACUGUGUAUAUAUAUUAAUAUAUCAUAUGUAAUGCUAUUGCUGCUACUUCAGUCUUCCUCUAUAUUCAUAUACAAGAUUCGUGUAUCA